AGUCAAUUAAUAGUGGAAGAGUUUCAAAUAAAAUGGAGCGAAAUCGCUGUACUUUACCCAAAAUAAAAAAGACCAAUUCAGGCACCUGCUCUGAUAAUCAUACAAACGCUAUGCACUAUCAGGAUCAUCAAAAAUUUGAAAAUGAUUUGGUUUCCUCACCAAGAGUCUGGGAUGAUCCUCAAGAAAAAAUAUCAAAUUCAAAGCCUUCUAAAAAAUGCAAGGUAUCAAAAGUAAAAUCCAAAAAGAGUAGGCGAGAGACUCAGUCAUCAGCUUGUGAAGUUAAAGGAAAAGUAUCAGCAUUUAACAAUUCAUGGAAAUGGAAAUUGUUUGCAAGUCAAAAUGGAUUUGUAGCUGUAGAUCCAGGAUCAGAGGAUGAGUGGAGAUUUAGUUCUUUAGUGUAAGUAACAUUUAUUUUUACAAUUAAAAUGAAUAAUUCCAAAUUUUAUUUUAAUGUGUUUCUUUUAAAUUUCUUAUUAAAAAAAUUUGCUCUUAUAUACCGGGUAAUUUUUAAUAUUCUUUUAAUAAGGGCAUAGUACACCAAGCUUUCUUCCUCUUUCCUGUUCAGUAUUUAAUGUAGGCCCUAUUCAAUGCAGUAAGUUUGAAAUUGAAAACUGUACUUUUAUUUUUAGGAGAGGCAAGUAUUGAAAAAAUUGAAGAAUCUUAUGCUCUCUUUGUAAACUUAAUCUUGGCUAAUAUUUAACCAACUUUGUUUUUCAAAUGCACUGAUGAAUUCAACACAUUUUUUGUUAUCUAAUCAAAUAAUAUAAUACAGUUCAGGGAUUCCCCUUAAACUAACUUUGACCACUUUAUAGGUACAAAAUAUGUAUUUUUAAGGUGUCAGUGGUCAACUACUGGUAUGCACAACACAUCACUUGAAAAAUACAAAUGAAAGUUCUUGAUGGGCAGAUCUUUUCACAGCUAGCUAGCAGCAUAAACAACAUGAUUUUACUUGAGCAGAAUUCUCACAUAUCUACCUUGUUCUAGCUAAAGAGUUGAAGAAUUUUGCACUUGUUUUGAGUGAAACAACUUUUUCAAUCCAAUUUCUUUCUCAGAUUUGCUUGGGGCAGGGAACGCAUUUUUCAUCUAUUGGGGAUGCUGAGUUUACUCAUAUGUGCCAUACUUUUCAUACUUCAAGCGUAUAUGGCCUUUAGAUCAUAUCAAGUAAGAACAUUUAAAUUUAAAUGAAAUGUCUCUUGGUUUGUUGUCAGGACCACAGGUUUUAAUUUAAAGUUGGUGAAUGGUCAGACAUUGGACAAACAGAUUAGACAUUUGACAAACAGUCAGACAUUGGACAAACCGUCAGACAUUGGACAACAGUAUUUCAAUUAAUUAAGAAAUGUGGACAGAGGUAUUUGGUAUUAUCCAGUCAAUAUUUUAUGUAGUUGAAGUAAGUUGAUGACUUUACCAGAUUGGAAUGUUUACAUUUGCCUUAGGCCCUAGCUGCUUUCAUCAUCUUAUCAAAAUGGUAACAGUAUUUUAUACAAAUAUUUUUGCCUGUCACACAGAUUAUGCAUCAGUUGAGCUCAAAACGUCAAAUGCCAGAAAUGCUGUACCAGAUUUACUUUGAUGGUCAUGAUUGGGCAAUGGAUUUAGAUAAGGUGGACCUACGGGCAAACACAACUAUCUUCAUCCAUUGACUUAAAAAGAGAUGCUAAGUUAACCGAUCUAUGUUGUCACCUUGAGGUGACACAGCUGUAUUUAUUUAUACAUUUGUUUAAAUUAAUGGAUAAAUUUGUUGAAGAAAAUUGUGUACCAUACUAUAUUUAUUAAUACAUUUUUGUUAACUUGUUAUUCAUAUUUCAAGAAUUUAUUUGUAAGGGCACACGAAAAGAUUUAUGAUUGUUAUAGAUCAUAUGUUGUUUUUAAUUACAUAUAAACAGAAAGCAACACAAAAUUGGACAUAUAAAACUACCGUACCAGUACAGGUCUAAUAUAAUGAUUAUCUGUCUGUUUUGCAGUAGAAUGCCUAUAUAAUUUUUUUUUUCUUAGAUUAAAGAGUCAUUUUUAUUCA